CAUAAUAGACAACGAGGAACGGGUGAAGUCUGUAUAUUCUUUAUACGAAAUGUGUGUGGUUAUUUCUGAUAUCUGAGCUCACAUAUUAAAAGCAGACCCAUACUCUAAACAGCGGAUACGUUGAAUUGGUAGCAGCGUUGUUUAAUUUACUGAAAAGAUGUUUGCCAAAACGUUUCGUGUCAAAUCCAACACGGUAAUCAAAGGAUCAGACAGGAGAAAGCUCAAAGCUGACAUAACUGCAACCUUUCCUGCACUGUCUGCUGUUGAGUUAUCUGAGCUGGUCCCCAACAAAGAGGAAUUAAAUGUUGUGAAGAUUUAUACACACAAGGGUGAUGCCGUAACACUUUACGUUAUUCACAAAAAUCCACUUUUCUUUGAACUGGAGAAACGACUUUAUCCUACAGUAUAUAUGCUUUGGAGCUAUCCUGCUGCCCUGCCAACAUUCAGGACAUGGCCUCCUGUUCUUCAGAAGUUGGUCGGAGGGGCAGAUCUCAUGCUGCCAGGUGUGGUGGUGCCUUCAAGUGGUCUACCAGAUGUGAAAAGGGGGGACUGCUGUGGUGUUACAUUAGUAAAUAAUAGAGCGCCUGUUGCAGUUGGCACUGCUGCAGAGUCCAGUGCAGAAAUGCAUAAUUUGGGCAUGAAAGGGAGAGGGGUGUAUGUUCUCCACACAUACAUGGAUCAUCUCUGGGCUUUUGGAGAUAAAUCAGGUCCUCCUACUUUACCAUAUGCAGACAGUGAAGGACAGGGGUUGAAUGGAGAGGAGUAUGAGGUCAAUGAGGAUGAGGAGGUUGAGGAGUGUGUGGAGGAGGAGCAGCAGAGUCCUGCAGAAAUGGUCAUAGAUCAAGUCUGUUCUGGUACUGAGGAGCUAAACCUGAUGGAGCAGGAGGAAGAGAAGGGUGAAAAGGGCAAUGAACAAGAAGAGGAGGAGGAGGAGGACGACGAGAGAACACCACAAGAGAUUAUGGACGCACUGCUGUUGCAGUGUUUUCUCCAUGCUCUCAAGAGCAAGGUGAAGAAGUCAGAGCUCCCUCUGCUGACCAGCACAUUUCUCCGCAACCACAUGUUCUCUUGCUGCCCAAGUGGAAAACAGCUUGAUAUCAAAAAAUCCAGCUAUAAAAAGCUGUCCAAGUUCCUACAGGCCAUGCAGCAGCAGCAUCACCUUGUGCGAGUGAAAGAACUGACCAAGGGUGUGGAGAGCAUCGUGGAAGUGGACUGGAGUAAUCGAGAACUGCGUUCCUUUGCUGCUCCCGAGGAGACAGAUGUUGAAGUGGCUCCAGUGCAAGAUGCGAGAGAAGGGGAAACACCGUAUCAUCCUCCUGAGAUCACCACUCUGUACUCUGUGUCAGCCCGGUUGGAGUCUCUUUUUCUGGAUUCAAAAAAGAGGAAAGGGACAGUACUGCAGCCUGCUGAAGUGAGAGGUAUCGUCACAGAGUACGUGAAGAAAAAUGAACUGGUGGAUGAAAAUAAUAAAAAUUAUGUGACCAUCAACCCAACUCUAUGUGACUGUUUGCUGGAAAAAUCAGAGUACCAGGAGAUAGAGUCUCUCAAGUGGGAUGACCUCUUUAGCAGGACGAUGGGAAGAAUGCAGGAGUGCUAUCAAAUUGUGUUUCCUGGACAAGCACCUAUAACAAAGAAGGGCCACAUUGAGCCCAUAGACAUCUCUGUAGCUUCCCGAGGCUCAAAUAAGAAGGUGACUCUAAUAAAGAACCUGGAGGUGUACGGGUUGGAUCCUUCAGUCGUGGCUACUGCUUUGCAGCACAGAGUCCAGGCCAGCUCAGUCUUACAGCCCAUUCCCGGAGGCAAGGACAAAGUCCUGGUCCAGAUUCAAGGCAACCAGAUUCAGAAAGUCGGCAAUUUGCUGCUAGAUCAUUAUCAAAUCCCUCGCAAGUAUAUCCAAGGAUUAGAAAAAGCUCCAAAAAGUGGAAAGAAGAAAUAGCACUUCAACCUAUUAUACCAACAAUUUACUGUUUUCAGAGCUGCUUUAAUGGAUGAGACACAACAACAACAAACUGUUGGCCUCUAUAAUAAAGAUGAUUCAUUGUCACCUUCUGAAGGUUGAUGAAAGAAGCUUUUUGUGUUGGUCUGCUUUUGCUACCAGAGAUAUUUAACAGUGAAGUUACUGAUGGGGUCUGUUGAACCAGGCCAGCUGUGUUUCACUGCAUGGUCCCUUGUUUCUGAUGCUGAAAGAAAACUUCUAGAAAAAAACUCUUCUCUCAGGUUAAGACAAUCAAAACUGUCAUAUUAAACAUCCAGUGAUGAAACUGAUCAUAAAUUAAUGUCAGCAUGGAGGUCUUUCUCUAAUUAUUUGACUUAAUUUUUCC